CCAAUCGAAUCUUUCCCGCUUUUAUUAUUUUGCGCCUUUUCCGCUCCCAAUACAUAGAAACUACUCUGUAACGCUCUCUCACAAACGCAUUAGGGUUUCUCUUUCAUCCACUCUCAGGGUUUCAAGAUCAAAUCUCCAAAACAACAAUAACAUACGGUUAUGGACACUUCAAAUCCUGCUGCAUUUGUCAAUGCCCAAGUUCUUCCCAAUUUCAUUGGAAAGAAAGUAAGGAUUGUGGUUCAGGUGAAUCAGUCUGAUGGAGCGGCUAUCACGGGGAAAUCCACUGAUGAAUCUCAGAUAAUUGUGAAAGGGUUAUCAUCACAAGUGCCUGUUUUGAAUUAUGUUGAGGUUAUUGGCAUUGCUGAAAGUAGUAACACUAUCCGGGCUGAGAUAUUUACAGACUUUGGUGCCACAUUUGAUGUCAACUCUUACAAUCAGUUAUGCCAACUUGCAAAUGGUGAAUUCAGAAGUCUGUUUCUUUAGGGAUCUUGAAGAUUGUUGGAUCAGCUACUGGACCGUUUUAAGUUGCAGAUUCUUUGCUAAAGAAUCUGCAUACUUUUUAGCAUUUUAUGAUAGGAACUAAUAUAAUGUAUAUGUUUAUUCACUGAGGAUCUGAUAUGAAGACAUGUGUUGUGUUUGAACUAUAUCUUUAUGCUAUGUUAAGCUGUCUUGUUUGGUU